GUAUCUCUCCGCCCUGUGAAGAACUCGGAAGUGACGGUUAUGAUCUUUCUUGUCAUUGAUCUUGAAGCUGGUUGUAAUUGUUUGCUCUUUAAGUAAAAUGUCUGCGUUAAGUUUCGUCGUGAAUAAAUCGCUUCCUUUGUUGCCAUUUAACGCUACUUAUAGCCGCAGGUACUUGGCGUUGUUUUUCUUUGCUGUUUGUUGUGUAGGAUCUUUAUUAAAGGACCUGGAUGUUGUUCCUAAGUCGCACUUCAGCAGCAGUACAAACCCGUUAAAUGUCUAUUUUGUGAAAGUCUCCUGGGGAUGGAACCUGGUCCUGUUGAUACCGUUUAUAUUUCUGUCCAACUCCCACUACAGAAACCUCACCUUCGCGUCCAAACGCCUCACAUCUCUUGUGGUAGCCACAGCCUAUUGGUACAUCUGCACUGAGAUUUUUUUUUACAUUGAAAAUGUCACAGGUGAAUGCUACGAGUCACACGACAUGGAAAAGAGCCAAGAGGGUUACGGCACAAAGACAGAAUGCAAAAAUGCUGGCAACUAUUGGGCAGGUUUUGACAUUUCCUGUCAUUCCUUUAUUUUAUCUUACUCAACACUUCUAAUCAUGGAAGAAAUGGUUCCAAUGCUUCACCUUGUGAAACAAUGCAGAACCAGAACCAUAAUCCUUGAUGCCCUGUACCUCGCUCUUAGUGCUAUUUCACUUAUCUGGGUGUGGAUGUUUGCCUGCAAUUCAGUGUAUUUCCAUGACAUGAUCCAGAAGCUUCUGGGCACUGGGAUCGGUGUGUUUGGUUGGUUUGUGACCUAUAAGCUUUGGUACUUGAAACCUUUUUCACCUGGACUACCUCCUACCCUGAGUUACCAUAAACUAUAUGACUAGACUGAAAUCUUGAAAUAAGCACAGUGGAACAAACUGAUAGUGAUGGCGAAGUGAAGCUUUCUUGAAGCAGUGAAGCUUUCAACCCAAUUGUAUCGGAAAAAGGUUUAUUACUCGAAGCUUUUCAAAUCAGAGCUCGAUGAGGACCUCUGCUGGU